AGGCGGCAAGAUGGCGGCGCCCAGGACCUCUGCUGGCGCCUGAGUGUUGAGCUAUUGAAGGGGUUAAUCCUUAUCACGGGUGAGACGCGCGAAAACACAGAAUAAGCUCAAGAGGCUUGAGUCCGGUGCAGCUAAAUGGGGGAUGGGGCAAGUGGCGCGGGGUCCGAAAGGUUGUCUUCAAGGGAAUUGGCGGGAGAUAAAGGGGAAGAGGCUUCGAUAGAUUCGCGCGGAGAUGAGGGAGAAGAAACCCAGGUGGCACCGAAAAAGAAAUUAAUGGAGAGAACCGAAAGAGAGAGAGAGAGAAAGAGCUUCGGCGCGGGAACUUGGAAGGAACUGUAUGGAAAUUGGCUUCGAACAAGCAAGUUGGGUAGUUUCUCGCUUGCUAAAAAUAGAUCAUGUUUUACCUCAGUUUCACAGAGGCUUGCAGGAAACAAAUUUAAUUGAGUCUCUUUUGGGGUGGAGGGCUUCAAAUCAAGGCAUGGAAUGUUAAUGAUUUAAUAUCUUAUUAAGAAAUGUUAUUGAAUUGCUGGUGGAGUACAAAUCACAAAUUUAAUUAGGGAAUUGCAUUCUAUAUAAAUUUCCUUUUUCCUAUUAAUUUAUGUUUGACUGAUAAUUUUAUGCAUUCUUCCCCUUCCACAAAUGCCAGUGUUGAAAGUAAACUUUCAAUGUCAUUGCAGUUUAUUGUAGUUCAUCUGUAGUUUGUAUAAUAACAUUUCAAUAUUCCAUUUGGCCAGCAUUUGUAUUUCUUUCUGGAAUUGAUAUCUUGUCUACAUUUUUUGUGCACAAAAUUUCUCCUCUCGUUUACUCUAUUAAACAAUAUGCAACUGCAUAGUACCUGCAUAUAUGGUUAGAUACAAAUGGCUCUUACAUCCAUUCCAAAGGUAAAGGAUAAUAGUUUUCCCUUUCAGUUGUGUCUGACUCUAGGUACCAGUGCUCAUCUCAGUUUCAUAGCAGGGGGAGCCAAAGUCUGAAUAGAAAUAGCACUUACACUUAUAUAUCACCCAUAGAGCUUUACAGCACACUCUGAAUGGUUUACAACACUGGCAUCCUGAGUUCUAAUUUUAUUGAUCUUGGAAGGAUGAAAAGCUAAGUCAAUCUUGAGCCACAGUCAGGAUCAAACUCCAGACUGUGGGCAGAGUUAGCUUGCCAUACUCCAUUCCAAUCAUUGCGCCACCGCUGCUCCAUAGGCAUAAGUCCAGCAUGACUAUGUCCUGAUGAAUGCUGUUACCUUCCCACCAAAGUGGUACCUAUUCAUCACAUGCUCUCAAACUACUAGGUUGGCAGGAGCUGGGGCAAGUAAUGGCAGUUUCCCCUGUUGUAUGGUGCUCGGGUCUCCUACCCAGGCUAUCAACUUUCCAGCUGACAAGCUCAAUGUCUUUAAUUGCUGAACCAUCACGCCUCCCACCCACCCCAAUAUAUCUAGUCUGGAAGCAUUGAAAAAUUGUUUUAGUUGGAAACUGCAGAAACAAAACUGAUACCACUGGAAUUCCUAACAAUUGCCUGCUGCUCAUUAACAAAGAGGCAUUUGGAAUUACUACUGGUUUAUGUGCUUUCUGGUGCAUGAAUUUUAUUUAAGAACUAAUUUCAACAUUUUGCAAGUAAUUGUAGGCAGGUUGAUUCUUCCCUUAGCUUUUUAGAUGUUCUUCAGUUUUAUUAAAAUGAAAAUGUGCAAACAUGUCAGGAAUUUUGUCUUCUUUGUGACAAAAUGGUACAGUCCAGGCAUUUGAGAACUUUUUCCUUUUGUGAGCAAUAUAUGGAAAGAGCAAUUUCCAUAUAUUCUUUUCUUGUUCCUGGUAAUAGUUUGAACACCAUUGCAUGAUUUCAGUAUAAAUAUGAAAAUCAGAUAUUUCUCUUGCCCAAAUAAUGACAUUUUCGAGCUAUUAUGUGCUUUUUGUCUUUGUAGAGAUGCUUUUUGUCUUUGUAGAGAUGAAGUGAGGGCACCUAUUCCUCAAAAACAAGAAAAUUCUGGUAGAAUCCAAACCCUUAUUUGGUGAUAAUGUACUACAUAUUUUUGUAGAUGCUGAUGAUGUAUUAAGAGAAUCAUUUUCCUUCCUGGACUGAACAUGCCAAAAGAAUCAGAGACCCCACUCACCUUGUCUGACUGCCAUUGUAAUAUUUGCAUGGAUAUUUUUGUGGAACCAGUCACACUACCAUGCAACCAUACUCUUUGUAAUGCCUGUUUUCAACUUACUGUGGAAAAAGCAAGUUUGUAUUGCCCUUUUUGCCGUCGGCGUGUCUCAUCUUGGGCACGAUAUAACUCUCGCAAUAACACUCUUAUUAACGUGGAGUUAUGGGAAAAAAUUAAAAAACAUUUUCCAGACGAGUGCCAACGCAGAAUUAAUGGACAGGACCUAGAAAAUGAUUUGCACCUGCCUCAACCAAUACACUGUUUAAGUAAGCCUGGAGAAUUAAAGAAAGAAUAUGAAGCUGAGAUCACUAAGGUGGAAGCAGAACGCCGGGCUCUUGAGCAAGAAGAGAGCAAAGCAAGUGAAGAAUAUAUUGAAAGACUACUAGCAGAAGAGGAAGAAGAGCAAAGGUUAACAGAAGAAAGGAAAAAAAAGAUAGCAGACCAGUUGCUAUUAGAUGAAAUGUUGGCACGAGAACUGAGUUUAAAUUUGAACAGAUCUGCUGAAGAGUCUGUUAAAAGCAGUCCGAUACCUGGCCCAUCUCCUUCUGAUUGCUGCAAAACUUCAAAAACCAAAUCAAGCAAUUAUGGAGACAUUAAGAAGUAUUUAUCUCCAAAGUCUGGUGGUUUCUUUCCUCCAAAGAUGCUAUUUGGAGAAUUAAAAGAAGAAAACAUUGACACUCUUUCUGAGGAAAGCAUUACAGCUAAAACUCCCUUUACCUUGAAAGAUGAAGAAAUAAAAGAUGAUAUAACAAUACUAUCUUCAGCGACAACCGGAGAAGGAAAAAUGACUAAAGAUUUCCCUUUAGAAUCAACGGGUUCUUGUUUAAAUAUAUGUACUACAUCUGAGUUCAACUGUCAUGGCCCUGAAUUGUCAUCUUUUUCAAGGACUCAGUUAAAUGAAACAAUAGAAGAACAUGUUACUAAUAGAGAGGACUAUGAAACUGAUUUUUUCUCAAUGAGCAGUGGUUCCAGUAACAUUGACUUUGGAAAUAAAAAAUUUACAGAAAGUACAUGCUUGCUAAAACUUCACAAAAAUGACAGCACUGAAGAAAUCCUUAUUUCUUUGAAAUCUAGUAGUCAGUUGGACGGCAAAGAUAUAACUUGUGAAAAAACAAAGGUAAUGGGAAACUAUCCAAUUGAAAAUAAAAACCAGAGUUGUUCAUUGAUCACUAAAGGGAUUCCAAAGAGAAAAUCUCAAGAAUCCCCCACUGAAUGGACAGUAGAUUCAUAUUUGAAUGACAAAAGAAGAAAAACUUUUGUACAAACACAAGAGACAGAGAUGAAUGAUAUACAAAAGCAGAUACAUUUGGAGGAGGAGCUUUACAAACGAUAUAAACAAGAAGAAGAAGAUAGAUGUCUGGCUUUGAAAAUUCAGAAGGAAAUGGACAGAGAACAGAAAACACUAAAUCGCACAAAAGGCUCCCCUGAUGAGUAUCAUUUGCGCCCUACAACAUCUACGGCAGUUGGAAAAUCCCCAGCGGCUGGGAAACAUUGCCAACUCUUAAAGGCUUCACCCAGCCAGACAGAAAGAAAUCAACCCAAAACACACAGACGUUCCCACAGUGAGAAUGAGAGGGCCUCUAGCAAACACCAGACAAAACCAUCUGUAAAAAAUGGGAAUGUUCUGAAUUGUGUCCUCAACUCUGAUUUAAAGAAUGUAGAGUUGUUGCCAAUUAAACAAAGGACAAUUAUCCAGAUGUUUAAGAAAUCUGCAACAAAUUGACACAUUCAUCAAAACUAUUGUAGAUUAAUAGAAAAUUUUGAAAAAGAUAUUCUGAAAAACUGGCAAAUAUUUAUUUCUUCUGAUAUUAGCUUUUCCCAGAAUUAAUGUGUUACUUGUUUCAGAAACAGUAGCAUUUAUUCUGUGCCUUUUUCUUCAAAUUCUUGUUUCUGUUCUUUAAUGCAUAGAUGGUAUCAACUACUCUCAGUUUCAAGUUGAACUGAAUGAUAAUACAUGCUGAGUUGUCAUAAACAUGCCACUGUUGUCUGUGAACCUACAAGGCGGUGGUAAAUGUCAUCUUUAAGACAGACAUAGCCUAAGAUACAGUCUCAUUUUUCUCUUUGCUGGAAUUGCAUUUUUGCUUUAUUAAUAAUGUGGUUUACAGGUUUCACUAGAAAACCAAUCAAUUUUCAGUUGAUAUUUUUACAAAAUAUCUUAGUAGAAGCACCAAAAGAGAGUCAAUAGGAAAAUCACACUUAUUUUCAUUUGUAAGUAAUUUCUAAUAUAUAGAUUAUAUAUGUCAUUAAUUAUCUCCUAAGCAUAGUUCUAAUAAAUACAUCCAACAGAAUUCCCACUCUGAUAAGGGAGGAAGGUUAAUUUAGCAUCUGAUUAUAGUCUAUAUGUUUUUUUUUAAGAAUUGUUUUGCACAUUCUUGAAAACUUUGGUAAGCAAUCUCAGCGUUCAGAAUGUUUAGAAAGGGUGAUAGCAGCAAAAAAUGCAGGCUGAAGUACUGAUGUUUACUGUUGCAAUCAAUUGUGUUUCCUUUAGAACUCUCCAUACCAUUUGUUUUUUGUUCAGCUUUAUAAAAAUGGUAAUUCUUCUUGUAGCUGGGUUCAAUAAAUCUUCAGACAAAGAUAUAUAUUCUGAAGGAUUUACCUAAAAGUGACUACAAUAAAUGAAUAAAAUAAUUAUUUUUCAAGCA